AUGUCCAACAGCAGCUCCAUCACCCAGUUCCUCCUCCUGGCAUUCGCAGAUACACGGGAGCUGCAGCUCUUGCACUUCUGGCUCUUCCUGGGCAUCUACCUGGCUGCCCUCCUGGGCAACGGCCUCAUCAUCACCGCCGUAGCCUGCGACCACCACCUCCACACUCCCAUGUACUUCUUCCUCCUCAACCUCUCCCUCCUCGACCUGGGCUCCAUCUCCACCACUCUCCCCAAAUCCAUGGCCAAUUCCCUUUUGGAUAACAGGGCCAUUUCCUAUGCAGGAUGUGCUGCCCAGGUCUUUCUGUAUGUCUUCUUCAUGUCCUCAGAGUUUUAUCUCCUCACCAUCAUGGCCUAUGACCGCUACGUUGCCAUCUGCAAACCCCUGCACUACGGGACCCUCCUGGGCAGCAGAGCAUGUGUCCACAUGGCAGCAGCUGCCUGGGGCAGUGGUUUCCUCUAUGCCAUGCUGCACACUGCCAAUACAUUUUCCAUACCACUCUGCCAAGGCAAAGCCAUGGACCAGUUCUUCUGUGAAAUCCCCCAGAUCCUCAAGCUCUCCUGCUCAGACGCCUACCUCAGUGAGGUUGGGCUUCUUGAGGUUAGUCUCUUAGUAGCAUUUGGGUGUUUUGUUUUCAUUGUGCUGUCCUAUGUGCAGAUCUUCAGGGCCGUGCUGAGGAUCCCCUCUGAGCAAGGACGCCACAAAGCCUUUUCCACGUGCAUCCCUCACCUGGCCGUGGUCUCCCUGGUUAUCAGCACUGGCAUGUUUGCCUACCUGAAGCCCCCUUCCAUCUCUUCCCAAUCCCUGGAUCUGGUGAUGGCAGUUCUGUACUCGGUGGUGCCCCCAGUGUUGAACCCCCUCAUCUACAGCAUGAGGAACCAGGAGCUCAAGGAUGCCCUGAGGAAAAUGCUCUCUCCAGAUCGAAUCCCCCAAAGGAAAAGCAUUAAAUCCAGGUAUCUGCAGGCAAACAAGGACUCUGCAAUACCAGGGGAGGCAGUGGGAACCUGUGCGGCACAGCGAAGGGAAGCUGGGGAGUGA